AUGUCGGAGACGGCCCCAGUUGCCCCUGCUGCUCCUGCACCUGCAGAGAAGACACCUGUUAAGAAGAAAGCUAAGAAGACUGGCGCAGCCGCCGGAAAACGCAAGGCGUCUGGACCUCCUGUGUCCGAGCUUAUCACCAAGGCUGUGGCGGCCUCCAAGGAGCGUAGUGGCGUGUCGCUGGCUGCGCUCAAGAAAGCGCUUGCAGCCGCCGGCUACGAUGUGGAAAAGAACAAUAGCCGCAUCAAACUUGGGUUGAAGAGCUUGGUGAACAAGGGCACUCUGGUCCAGACAAAGGGCACCGGCGCCUCUGGCUCUUUUAAGAUCAAUAAGAAGGCUGCUUCUGGGGAAGCCAAACCUAAGGGUAAGAAAGUCGGCUCAGCCAAGGCCAAGAAGGCAUCGGGAGAUGCCAAGAAACCCAAGAAAGUAACUGGGUCGGCCACCCCUAAAAAGGGCGCCAAGAAGACUCCGAAGAAAGCAAAAAGGCCUGCUGUGGCUGCUAAGGCCAAAAAAGUGGCCAAGAGCCCGAAGAAGGUGAGGGCAGCCAAACCCAAGAAGGCAGCUAAGAGCCCGGCUAAGGCCAAGUCCCCAAAGCCUAAAACCGCCCAGCCAAAAUCUGCCAAACCUAAGGCUGCAAAGGCCAAAAAGGCUGCGCCCAAGAAGAAGUAA